AUGUACAUUCCACGGAAACGGGACCUCAGCCGCAAGAAUAGCGUCUUCAUCAUCUGCGCCUCGGUCAUCAUCUUCGUCCUUGCCGUCUGCGUUUGCCUCUAUUUCGGCGCUAGGUGGCUUCGACAGCGCUACUAUGAGCCCAAGUACAUUCCCGGUCAGACCUUGAAGCGGAAAUGGAAGCAAUGGUGUCCCGGAAGUGCCUCUUAUGGACAGGUACCGAACCAAAGUGGUCAAAACAAUGAUCAGGACACCUCCUAUCGGGGAUCGGGCCCCGAAAUGGCCACUAUCGGCUCCAACAACAAUCGCAAUCACAACAGUGGUCCGCGCCGGGAAACGUCCAUCCGAUCUAUUAUAACCUUACCACCGUACUCGGCGAGUCCAAAACCGACCGAGCAAAUUAUCGCUCGUGAGGGAGAACGAGCCGGCAUGGAUAUGGUCGUCGAGUUUCCGGAGACGGCCGAGGAACAAGAAUCACGCCGCGAAGAUCAGAUGGAAGCCCUCUAUCAACUCCGCGUACAACGUCGACAGGAACUAGCCGAUCGCGAGACUCGCCGUCGGGAACGCCGGGAAGCCCGUGCUCGAGGUGAUUCAAUCCGUCUAGAGCAGCUCAACGAAGAAUCCCGUGCUCGAAGCCGACGUCGCCGUGAGGCUACCGAAAGCAACACUUCACUCACUGCAUCGGCCGUCAUUGCCGAGCACCAAUCCCGCGAAAGAGAUCGACGUAUUGCCAGCGUCAGUUACGCUGAUAUCGGCCACGUUCGACACGAUGGAUCCCGUCUUCGAGCUGAUUCACAUGCCUCCGAUUCCGACCACCACCCUCUCCUUCAGAAUGCUGCCAUGCAUGCAUCAUCGCCUUCGUUGACGGAUCCUCCCAGCACCCGCUCACGAGUGGAGUCGUUUGCAUCCACACUGUCUAACGAGGCAGAUCCGCUGGCUCUCCGCCCUACUUCAACUCGCGGAUCAUCUAUUCGACCAGUCUCUCAGGCAGUCGAGGAGGGAGACCUAGGUACCCUCAAUAUACCACCGCCACCCGAGUACGACCACCUUGAGUGGGGUGAAGCACCUGCCUACGAAAGUCCUACAAACCCGCGGGAUGAGCAGCAGCUACCGGGAAUCAUGCGAUUACCAUCUAUCCAUGUGAAUAUCGCCAGUCCAAUCACGUUUUCUCCGGUCACACCUACGGCACCUCAGACCCUAGAGGAGUCUCUACCCCACCCUCCGAACCCGGCAACUUCAACAGAAGCAACGGAGACGACCGCUGCGUCAGACAAUGCCCCUGUCAAUAAUCAGGGACCAACAACUGGGCAUACCUCUACAUGA